GCUGCUGCACAACAAACACAAAUAUGCACCCUACUCUUGGAGAAGCCGCAAUGGCCGACGACUACCACAUGCUGGAAGAGCUGGGCAGUGGCAGUUUUGGUGUCGUAUACAAGGCCGUCGAGAAGGCCACUGGCGAUCUGGUCGCCAUCAAACACGUACCGACGCCCCGGCCCCUAUACAAUCCCUCGCAUCGGCUGACCACGGCUCCCACAGNNAUUGACCUCGAAGGCAGCGACGACGACAUCCAAGAGAUCCAACAAGAGAUCUCUCUGCUGAGCACAUGCUUGAGCGAACACGUAACACGAUACAAGGCCAGCUUUGUGCGCGGCACCAAACUAUGGAUUGUCAUGGAAUAUCUAGGUGGAGGCUCGUGUUUGGAUUUGUCCGGCCCCAUCAACGAGGCUCAGAUCGCCGUCAUCAUGCGCGAGUUGCUGCUGGGCCUUGACUACCUGCACAACACUGGCAAAAUCCACAGAGAUAUCAAGGCUGCUAAUAUUCUCCUGUCUAGCUCGGGCAGAGUCAAGAUUGCCGACUUUGGAGUCGCCGCCCAACUGACCAACAUCCAGUCGCAGCGUCUGACCUUUGUCGGCACUCCAUUCUGGAUGGCUCCCGAAGUCAUCCAAGAGUCAGGCUACGAUUUCAAAGCAGACAUCUGGAGUCUAGGCAUCACCGCCAUGGAACUUGCCAAUGGCGAACCCCCUCACAGUCAGGUUCAUCCCAUGAAGGUCUUGUUCUUGAUCCCAAAAGAAAGAGCCCCAAGACUCGAAGGUGGCACCUGGUCCAAGGAGUUCCGCGAAUUCGUUGCCCUUUGCCUGAACAAGGAUGCCGACACGCGACCUACCGCCAAGACUCUUCUCAAGCACAAAUUCAUCCAGCGCGCUGGAAGAGUGGAUUCUCUCAAGAUGCUGGUUGACAGAGCCCGCAAUCGUAUUGCCAACGACAAGAAAGAUCGCCUCAGAUACUACGAACAGACCUUGCACGAGCUUCACGCGCCCAGCCAAGAGGAUGAUUGGGUCUUUGACACCGUCAGACCAGCAAACUACCACUCUCAAACCGUCAAGCCACGCGACCCUGCGCACAUGAUUGCUUGGGACAGCGAGGCCGAGGAUGCCUUCGCCGCCAUGGAAACCCUCGAUUCUUCACUAGGAGAAUCACCUUCGUACGACCCCGCUGCAACUAUUCGCAACCCAAAGCAAAACCCUACUUCUCCCUCUCGUCAGCUCGAUAUUUCCGCCAUGACUCGUAAGGCAUCUGGCUCAACUCCUACCGCACGCCGAGUCAGUAAACAAAGCUCAAGCUCUAACAACACUACUCGACGUCAUUCCGUCCAGGCAAAGCAGCCUUUGGGACUCGACAUGUCGUUCGGGAAUGGAGCUUCGACAGUGCGCCAAUUCAAGCGGGUCCCUUCCGGAGGAGCUCGACCCUCGAGCUCUGGCUCGUCGCAAACAGCAGUCGAAGAUUCCGAGAACCAGCCUCCUGCUGCUGCUGUAAUGAUGCCGGAUACAAAGGAGGUUAUCCUCGGAAGACGCGCCUAUGUCAAAUGUAUCGAUCCAGCACUACAAGAACUAUACGCCUCCACAGCUCCUGGACCCAAGCAGACUGCUCUAGCCAGGAUGGCGGAGGCUUGGAAUGUCUUGGACGAAACAGAUCCCGAAGGUGAAUUGUUGUUGCUCAAGGCCAUCUUUGAGCGCGUUCAGAGAGACCCCAGACUUGCCGCUCAAAUCAUGCCAGCAUCGCAGCUUGCUAGUCUUCGCAGCAGCCCUUCGAUCAAGAAGGUGUCACUCGUGACCGAGAAGGAGAUCACACCCCCAACAUCACCGUACAAGUCUGAAAUGGCUCCUCAAACCCGCUCGAUGCGUCGCCAGAGCGCCUUUGUGGACAGCGAACGCGAAAAGAUCCUUCGUACUGCCAUCCUCGAAGACAAGAUGCCCGGAAAGGUCGAGACUGGCCUCGAACACAUUGGCAUGCUAGCAGAUGCCUUGUACGGUCGCUGGAGCGAGGGCCUGCGAAUGCGUUGGCCUAAUGCU